AUAAAUAAUAAAUUAUUGAAGUCUUGCUACAUUUAAUAGAAGACCAACAACAAACGUGUUAGAUUAAAAUUGAAAUUUUGUUUAUAUAUAUUAUAAAUAUGAAUGUUAUGAAGAACUAGUUAUUAUUUGAGAUUAAAUGAUGAAGAGGGAGAGAACAGGCGACAAUUGUCGCCCUUUUAAAUUAGCCCAUCAGAUAUUGAGUUUAACCGGUAUCAGUUUCGAACGUAGAAGUGUCAUUGGCUUUGUUGAAUUGACUAUUGUACCCUUAAAAGAUAAUUUAAGAUACAUUCGCCUGAAUGCAAAACAAUGUCGUAUUUAUAGAGUCUGCUUGAAUGAUCAAUAUGAAGCGAACUUUCAAUAUUUUGAUCCUUUUCUGGAUAUAUGUCAGAGUGAUCCGAAUACGAGAUCUUUGGAAGUCUUCUCUCAAUUUCAUUUGUCAGCUGCACAGAAAAUUGAUCCAGACCAUAAUUCUGGGGAACUGCACAUACAGGUGCCUGAUGAUGCAGCACACUUGGUGGGAGAAGGCAGGGGACUCAGAAUUGGAAUAGAGUUCUCAUUAGAGUCCCCACAAGGUGGAAUGCACUUUGUAGUUCCUGAAGGAGAAGGUAGUUUGAUUGAGAAAUCUGCUCACAUGUUCACAUAUGGUCAUUCAGCUCGGCUCUGGUUUCCUUGCGUUGACAGUUUUGCUGAACCUUGCACAUGGAAACUUGAAUUUACUGUUGAUGAAUGUUUAACUGCUGUAUCUUGUGGGGAUCUGUUAGACGUGGUAUACACGCCUGACCAUCGACGAAAGACGUUCCACUAUGUUGUGAAUACGCCGGCUUGUGCACCAAAUAUUGCUUUGGCUAUUGGACCUUUUGAAACAUAUGUAGACCCAUUUAUGAAUGAAGUGACUCAUUACUGCUUACCAAAUCUAUUGCAAAUACUUAAGAAUACUGUACGCUAUCUUCAUGAAGCAUUUGAGUUCUAUGAAGAGACACUGUCAACCAGAUAUCCCUAUCCGUGUUAUAAACAAGUUUUUGUGGAUGAAACGGAAGACGAUGCUACAGCCUAUACAACAAUGUCGAUACUAAGUACACACCUCCUGCAUUCCAUUGCUAUCAUCGAUCAAACCUAUGUCAGCCGUAAAGCAAUGGCACAAGCGGUAGCUGAACAAUUCUUCGGCUGUUUCAUCACUAUGCAGAACUGGUCCGACUUGUGGUUGGCCAAAGGUAUACCGGAAUAUCUCUGCGGUCUGUACUCUAAGAAAUGUUUUGGAAAUAAUGAAUACAGAUAUUGGAUACAUCAAGAGUUGCAAGAGGUGGUAGGUUACGAAGAACAAUAUGGUGGAAUGGUCCUCGACCCAUGGCAGCCUCCUGCUAGUGGUGCUCGAGUGGAAGCUAAAGAUGUAUUUUAUUUCCCUGUUAGGAAUGUCCAUACAAUGUCUCCAAGGUACAUUGAGAUAAUGCGUAAAAAAUCCCACUUGGUUUUGCGAAUGUUGGAACAACGAAUUGGCCAAGAGUUACUCCUUCAAGUAUUCAACAAGCAACUCUCGUUGGCCACCAAUGCAGCCAACACCAAAAUUGGCAGCGGUCUAUGGGGACAUCUACUUCUAUCGACGAAUCUCUUCGUUAAAGCCAUAUUCACUGUGACAGGGAAAGAUAUGGCAGUGUUCGUGGAUCAGUGGGUACGGACAGGAGGGCAUGCCAAGUUCCAACUUACAUCUGUUUUUAAUAGGAAAAGAAACACAGUGGAGUUAGAAAUUCGCCAAGACUGCGUCCAUGAACGUGGUAUUAGGAAGUAUGUGGGGCCUCUAUUAGUUCAAUUGCAAGAAUUAGACGGUACGUUCAAGCAUACGUUGCAAAUCGAGAACAUUGUCGUCAAAGCUGACAUAACAUGUCACAGCAAGAGUCGACGUAAUAAGAAGAAGAAAAUUCCCCUCUGCACCGGGGAGGAAGUUGACAUGGACCUUUCUGCUAUGGACGAUUCUCCGGUUCUCUGGAUACGUCUGGACCCAGAAAUGUCCCUACUACGUAGUACGGUGAUAUCUCAACCGGACUACCAGUGGCAGUACCAGUUGCGUCACGAGCGUGACGUCACGGCUCAGAGCGAAGCGAUAGACGCUCUCCACAACUACCCAGAACCCGCUACAAGGAAGGCCUUGACGGAUACUAUCGAGAACGAACAAACGUAUUACAAAAUUAGGUGCAGAGCUGCUCUUUGUUUGACUAAAGUGGCUAAUGCCAUGAUAAGUUCGUGGGCGGGUCCGCCGGCCAUGCUGACAAUCUUCCGUAAGAUGUUCGGUUCUUUCUCCGCACCUCACAUCAUCAAGCAGAACAACUUCGACAACUUGCAGCACUACUUCCUGCAAAAGACAAUACCCGUGGCUAUGGCAGGUUUGAGGAAUAUCCACGGUAUCUGUCCACCAGAAGUCGUGAGGUUCUUGUUAGACCUUUUUAAAUACAACGACAAUUCCAAGAAUCACUUCUCGGACAACUAUUACAAAGCAGCUCUUGUAGACGCGUUGGCUGCUACCAUCACGCCGGUGAUAUCCGUUUUACAACCCGGUGCUCCGAUAACGGCUGAUUCAUUAUCAGCUGACACUCGACUGGUCCUCGAGGAGGUAACACGAGUGUUGAACUUGGAGAAAGUUCUACCUUGCUACAAGAACACGGUGUCCGUGAGCUGUCUGCGAGCGAUACGCAGGAUGCAGCAGUGCGGACACUUACCCAGCAUACCCACUGUGUUCAGAGCAUACGCGGAGUAUGGACAAUAUAUAGACGUCCGGCUGGCCGCGUUGGAGUGCCUGGUGGACUUCGUGCGCGUGGACGGCAAGCCGGAGGACCUGUCGUCGCUGCUGACGGCCGUGGAGAACGACCCCGACCCCGGCGUGCGGCACGGCCUGGCGCGCCUGCUCGUGUCCAUGCCGCCCUUCGAGCGCGCCGCCCGCCACCGCCUCGACACGGAGGCCGUCGUGCACAGAUUGUGGAAUAACAUCAAUAGCCAAUUGUCUAAUGACGCAAGACUUCGAUGCGAUCUUGUAGAUCUCUAUUACACGUUGUAUGGUCUGAAACGGCCUUUAUGUGUUCCUCUGCCGGAAAUUCAGGCUAUGAUGAAACAAAUGCACCACAAGGAAAGGGAAAGGCUCGAAAGAGAAAGAGAACGAUUGGAAAGAGAAAAGGAGAGACAGAAGGAGAUCGAUUUGAAGCCUGUCAUCAAACAAGAGAUUCUAGAUGUCCCUAUAAAGACUGAGUUGGUUGGUCCCAUGGACGAACUACCGACUGAAGUUCAAAGAGAUAAUAUACUCCCCGUACCAAUAUCAAGCAUCAAGGAAGAGGAUGACAAAAUUGAUAUAAUGUCUAUACAAGACCUGCCAGUUAGAGUUUAUAACGACGAAGCGAAGCGAGAGUUCGUAUCUGACAACGCAGUUGCCUUACCCGGUAUUCCAGGCACAUCCGGUCCGAUUGGUUUCGAGCCAGGCAUGUUCAGGCACGAUAAAGACGAUCUAGGAGGUCCUAAAGCAAAAAAGAAGAAAAAGGAAAAGAAAAAACACAAACAUAAGCACAAGCACAAACACAGCAGCAAAGAUAAAUCUAAAGAUCACAAGGAUAAGUCUUUUCCUCCCCGACCUCCCUCCUCUACUGACCAUUUGAAGAUUAAAGAGGAGACGCGGGAAACAUUGAGCUCCUUUAGUUCGAGUCAAAGCCCGUCAGAAGACGUGUCGUCAAUGCCGUCGAAUAUGAGUUUCUAAUGCUUAAAAUUAAUAUUAAAAAAAAAAAUAUAUUUCCGAUUUUUUAAUUUUCAAAACUAAAAAUAAAAUAAGAAAAUAGAACAAUAUUUUUAAAGUAUUUAAUAAAAAAAUUGUCCUCUAACUUUGAUUUGUAAAAUUAUCAAAUAUAAAAUCUAUAAGGUUUUAUCCACAGGUAAUUAAAAAUUUCGUAAAUUUGAUAAAAUGAAAUUCUUAUUUUGUGAUAAGCAUUGAGUUGGUAAUUUAAGUUAAAUCUGUACUUUAUAAAAAAAUAUU